GUUUUGGUCCGCGGUGGUGGGGUGCGCGCUCCGCAAGUAUACGCGUAUUUAUAUUUCUGAGAGGUUUUAAUUUAUUCGUUAUGAAUGCGGUAGUAAAAGACUGAACAUAAGCUGUGGAUUGGAGCAGCACACCAUCUGGCACCUUCCCUCUUAACCAUGCUGUGGUAUUCAGCAUUUAUCUACAGUGUGAUUCGGUGGGGCUCGGCGUGGGCGCUGGUGUGCACCGGAAGUGAUUUUUCCUGUGACGGCGGCAGCCAGUGUCUGGCGCCGCGGAAGCUCUGCGACCAGUCUGCCGACUGCGCUGAUGGCAGCGAUGAGGGCUCGUGCGAGGCCGGCUCGCGGGUUUGUCCGGCCGGCCAGACGCCCUGCAGCGACCACCGGCUGUGCGUGCACCUCGACUGGCGCUGUGACGGCGUGCCCGACUGCCCGGACGGCUCGGACGAGAUGGGAUGUGCCGCGCCGCAGCGCAGACGCUGCGUGCCGGGCCAGGUGCAAUGCCGGGGCGACGGCCGCUGCCUGGACGUUCUGUACCGCUGUGAUGGCACCCCGGACUGUGAGGACGGAUCGGACGAGAUUGGCUGCGCAGCGCCGUCGUCGCCGUGCGGCCGGGAGGGCUUCUGGUGUCCGCACCGGUCGUUCUGUAUCGCCGCGUCUCAGCAGUGUGACGGCCGGGACGACUGCGGUGACGGCUCGGAUGAGUUUGGCUGUAACAUCACCUGUCCUGUCGGAGGGAUGAGGUGUCAGACGAUGUGUAUCGAAGCCAGCUGGGUUUGUGACGGUAGUCCCGACUGCGCCGACGGAAGGGACGAAGAGGGCUGUGCGACGCUGCAGCCGCCGCCGCCCUGUGCCGCCGACCAGUUCACCUGUGAUAGCGGCAUGUGUAUUCCGAUUGAGGACCACUGUGACAGCCACCCCGACUGCACGGCCGGCGAGGAUGAGCGCGACUGUGAGCCAAACUGCGCUCCCGAGCUGUUCCGAUGUCCGGACGGCACGUGCCUGCCCCAGGAGCAGGUUUGCGACGGCGUGCGACAGUGCGCCUGGGGACACGACGAGGACGACUGCGCCCACCUGGCCCAGUGCCCGCCGUCGGCCCGCUGCGAACACCUCUGUAUCGGCCUGCCCUCGGAUACGGCACCCAACUGCACCUGCCGGCAGGGAUACGCCCUCCAGGCCGACCGCGUCAGCUGUAAGGACGUGGACGAGUGUGCUCUGUCGCGGCCGUGCGGCCACCGGUGUGUGAACACGGACGGCAGCUACCGUUGCAGCUGCGCAGACGGCUACCAGCUGCGCUCGGACGGGCAGACGUGUCGUGCCGGGGCGCCGCCGGCCUCCCUGCUGCUCGCAGAUCGGCACGCCAUCGAACAGCUGACCACGAACGGAGCGCCGGCCGCGCUGGCGCACAAAGGCCUGGCCAACGCCGUCUACCUGGACUUCCACUUCAACAAGGGCCUGCUGUUCUGGAUGGACACGGCGCAGAACGUCAUCUACCGCUCCCUCAUCUCUGGGAACUCGCCGCCAACCACGGUGGUGUACGGCGGCCUGCUGCACCCGGUCGGUCUGGCAGUCGACUGGCUGCACGACCUCCUCUACUGGGCUGACGAGCGGCAGAGUGUCAUCGAGGUCAGUCAGCUGGACGGCCGGCAGCGGCACGCCGUCAUCACCGAGGGACUGGACCGGCCGCGCGCGCUCUGUCUGCACCCAGAGCGGGCGCUGCUGUUUUGGACAGACACCGGCGAGGAGGCUCGUAUCGAGCGUUCGCACGGCGACGGCGGCGGCCGGCGGACCAUCAUCAGCGAGGAGCUGUUCUGGCCGAACGGACUGACCAUCGACUAUCCGACGGAGCGUCUCUACUGGAACGACGCCAAACUGAACAGCAUCUCCAGCUGCCUGCUGGACGGCUCCGACCGGCAGCAGGUGGUCCGUCGCGGCGCGCCCCACCCGUACGGACUUACCGUGUUCGAGGACACUCUCUUCUGGACCGACUGGAAGACGCACGCGCUGCACGCGGCCGACAAACGACACGGGAACCGUGCCCACGCGCUCCGCACGGGCCUGGAGCACCCCAUGGAUGUGCGCGCCGUACACCCGCUCCGCCAGCCGGGCACGCGCAGUCGCUGUCUGCCCGCGGCCGGCUGCUCCCACCUGUGCCUGCCGCGGCCGGACGGUCAUACGUGCGCCUGUCCCAGCGGCCUGCGGCUGAAACCUGGAAGCACCUCUGGCUGCGAGUCGGAGCCGGCCACCGGUCUUCUGGUGGCCUCCAAUGGCACACUGCAGGUGGCACCAGUGCUGGGCGGCGGCCGGUGGCACCUGGUACCGCUGCUGGGCCCCGGCCGGCCGUCGGCGGCCGCCGCCGACCGCCGACACACGCUCUACUGGGCGGACGCGGAUGGUGGCUGUCUGCGGAGCGCCUUCUGGAACGGAUCGCAGCACCGGUGUCUGGUGGACGCCAACCUCGGUAACAUCACGGGCCUGGCCGUGGACUGGCUGUCGGGCCUGCUGUACUGGGCUGACGCCGGCCUGCGGCGGCUAGAAGUGGCCCGGACUGACGGCCGACACCGGCGACUGCUGGUGGCCGACGGUAUCGACAGCCCCACCUCGCUGCUGCUCAAUCCGACCGCCGGAGUGAUGUUCUGGUCGGACACCGGCGGCUCCUCGGCCCGUAUCGAGCGAUCCGCCAUGGACGGCUCGGGACGCUCGGUCCUGCUGCGCGGUGGACAGCUGGCGGCGCCCACUGGACUGGCUCUGGACGACACCGCCACCACACUCUACUGGUGCGACGAGAAACUCGGCACUGUGAGCGCGGCGCGUCUGACGCCGUCGGGCGGCGCCGGUCCGGUCCGUACCCUGUACUCUGGCCAGCGGCGGCCCAUGGCGCUGGCCGCGGCCUCUGGACGCCUCUUCUGGAUCUUGGCCGGCGCAGAGACGGUGGUGAACGGUAGCGCCAGCGCCGGCGGUCCGCCGCCCGCCCCGCUGUCGGCGGCGCUGGGCCCGCCGCUGGCUCUGGCGGUGCUGGGAGCGGGACAUGGCGCCGGUGACAAGGAGAGCCCGGUCGGUCCGUGCGGUACGGAUAACGGCCGCUGCUCGCACCUGUGUCUGCCGACUCCCAACGGACCCGUCUGCAGCUGUCCCACCGGCGUACCGAUGUCGUCCGACGGCUGGAGCUGCCAGUCGGGCCCCGCUCUCAGCCUGGUGUUCAGCCGCGGCUGGGAGGUGCGCCGACUCUCUCUGACCCAGCCGGCCUCCGUGGAUACGGUGCUGCCCCUGCCGCGCUCCGCACACGUCACCGCCAUGGCCUGGGACCCGCGCACAGACCGCCUGCUAUACGCUGACGCCGGUGGCGGCCGACGUCGCAUCAUCAGCAGCUCGAUGGACGGCCUCAAGUCUCACGUCAUCGUCGCGCACGACCUGGGUGACGUGGCAGACAUAGUCAUCGACGACAUCGGCGGAAAGAUAUUCUGGACGGACCGGACGCGCGCCAGUGUGGAGGUGUGCUCCCUGGACGGCCAGCUCCGUCAGCUGGUGGUACACAGUCGGCUGCGCAGCCCGCGCGGCCUGGCACUCUCCCAUCGGCACGGCCUGCUGUUCUGGUCCGACUGGGGCCGGCCGCAACAGAUCGAGAGCGCAUGGAUGGACGGCACCCACCGCGCUGUGGUCGUGGCGGAGGGCGUCGGCCGUCCGUGCGGUCUAGUGGUGGAUGCCUCUUCCGACCGACUGUUCUGGGUCGACCACCAGCUGGGCACCGUCGAGUCGGCCGCCCUCAACGGCUCCGAGCGGGUUACACUGGUCUCAGAUCUCUCCCGUCCGUCCGGACUGGCCGUCCACCACGGUCGGCUCUACUGGACCGAGGAGACGGCAACAGAGGGUGCUGACGGCGGCUCCGUCCGCGCCCGGGACAUAUCAGGCACCUCAGCGACACCCGAGACCCUCACCCGGCCACUCACUAACCUGGGACACAUUAUGAUGCUGGAGCGUGACGCGGCCAUGUUGCGCUAUGUGUGUGGCGGCGGUGACAACGGCGGCUGCUCGGGCCUCUGCCUGCGCAUCCCCACGGGCCGGAGCUGUGUGUGCGGUACGGGACUGGUGCCACAGCCGACCGACGCCGGUGCCAGCUGCCCCGACCGGCCGGCCAGAAUGCUGCUCUACCUGACACUCAAUAGCGUGGCGCGUGUUUCUCUGGACGUAAGCCAGCCAUGGGACGUGACGUUGCCGGUGACGGACGUCUACAACGCCGCCCACCUGGACUUUGUGGCCGAGGAGAACGCCGUCGUGUACUCGGACCGCCGACUGAACCAGAUCAGGGUGGUGGACAUCCGCACACCGGCCACCACUCCUCCUCGCACCGUACUGGAGUCGGCCGACGUGUGGCCCGAGGGGGUGGCCGUCGACCGGUCGGCUCGGCUGGUGUUCUUCACGGAGGCGCGUGGCCCGAGCGUGUCUGUGGUGGCGCUGAGCGGCUGCUGCCGGCGGCGGCUGAUCGCUGACGGCCUCUCCCGGCCCGGCGCCGUGGCGGUGUGGCCCCCGGCUGGCCUGCUGGUCUGGGUCGAGCAGCAGGGACCGCCCCGUAUAGAGUCGGCCAGACUGGAUGGAUCUGAGAGGCGCCGGCUGGUCACCGAGCGUCUGUCGGCGCCCACCGGACUAGCGCUGGAGGGAGACAGGAUGUACUGGGCGGACUCUGAGCUGCACACGCUCGAGUCUGCCGACCUGGCCGGCGGUAACCGGCGGGUGCUCGUCUCCAGCGCCGGACACCCCUUCGGCGUCACAGUCAUGGGUGACUGGCUGUACUGGAGUGACUGGGGCACACAUAGUCUGGAACGGGUCGGAAAGGUGGACGGCAGCCAACGGGGCACCGUCAGGGACAAGCUGGAGCGUAUAAUGGACGUGGUGGCCGUGUCUACUGGUCGACCGGCCGGCUCCACUCCCUGUGCCCAGGAGAACGGUGGCUGCUCGCACCUGUGUCUGUACCGCGGCGGAGGGAGCCUGGUGUGCGCCUGCCCGGACACUCCGGACGGUCGGGCGUGCGACACCACGCCGCACUAUCAGAGUCAGCCGAGCACCGCCGCCGGUCUGAGCGGGGUCAGCACGGCGCUGCUGGCCGCCGGCGGGCUGCUGCUGCUGCUGCUCGCCGUACUGCUGGCCGUGCUCUUCAGACGCUCACGGAUGGCGCAGCGCGCCCCGGACCGAGAGGCCACCCUGACCUUCAGCAACCCCACGUACAACUCGUCGGCGUCUGACUUCAGCAGCGAGAAACGCUUCUCGUGGAGGAAGGCCAAGUACGACAGGUCCCAGGAGCCGCCGCCGGCCGGCCAGUCGUCCGGCACGGCUUCCCUGGAGGCUGCCGCGCUCAUUAACGGAGUGAUGGCGGACCACAACAGCUCGACGCCGCUAGCCAGCUCCCCGAGCCUGCAGCACUGAGCUGGGUACUCCGGAAUGGUCCCUAUCAGUCUGAGAUGGUCCUCCCCGGGCUGUGGGAUCCUCCCUGGUCCUUUGGCAGGCCAUCUGGCUCACGCCAGUCUAUAAAAACCACCGUGGUCUCCUGGUCCGUAACUGAUUAGUCAUCGGACGACUCCAGAUAUUUGAAGAUUGACCACGGCUCUCUCAAUCAAUCAACAGCAGUAAAGUUGUGACAUGUGGGGCUGGAAGGGUAGAGGUUCAGUCCCGUAAGUAGGCGCUCCAGUCCAGGUAGUCAAAAAGGCAGGGACGAGUCUCAAACAUGGCGAACUCGCGCCGUCACAGGCCGGAUAGUCCCGACGGCGGCCGGGCUAGUGAUAACUGUGCGAGCUUGAUGUGCGAGCUUUCCGGCCGAUACUGGGCCAGGCGGGUGUGCCGGGCUGCUUUGCUCAAAGCCGCGGCGCAGACUGUGUCUAGACUAGAGUAGCUGUAUUCCUGUCGUGUAUUCAUGGGGCCGAUUUUAAAACAUGUGGCAGAGGCGGCUCCUACGGGUCGCCAGGCUUUCAUUGUGGAGUAGCUCAAUUUAUUUAGCAACGUGCGUUGCAUUAUCGUGAUGGUGUGUAGAGCACAGGAACUACGAGGCGGUUGAGGCAGUUAAGGAAUUGCCACGAUGGACUGAUUACUGAUAAGAACAAUGCGACUAUUGGGAUUAUUGUCAGGGCUGUUAAUGUUACGUGCUGCUUUCUGCGUCAUAUAUCAACGUUUGCCAAGUCACGUGGCUAUUGGGAUGAUGGAACUGGCUUGAUUAGUAUUUAUUUGUGCCAGUUAUCUUCGAACCCCACUCACACAAGGGGUGUUGUAAUACGCUGACGCUAUAUUUGAUAUCUAGUCUUACGAGGAGCUUAUGUAAGGGAGCACCGGUGGGUCCGAUGCGUUUACUUUGACAGUGCCAAACUGUAAUUGAGCUUAUUUGCUCUGGAUAUAUCAGUGCAUGAUGCGUAUUAUUUAUGUUUACGUGAUUUUUACAUAUAGCUCACGUUCAGGUGCUUCAAUGUAACGAUUUAUUCCUGUAUUUUGCUUUCACGGAUGGGCUGCAUUGUCGCGGUGUUGGACAUUUUGUUGUUGGUAUGCUCUGUGAUCGUUGUUGCUGUCUGUUGCGGCGGACAUCGGGGAGUCCCCAGCCGCGCGGCUGACCGCAGUGUCACUCAGUGUCUGCGCGUGCUCUGGGCGCUGCCGUCCCACCGGCGGCCGGUAUUCAGUGUGGCGGUGUGGUCCCACGCUGUGUUCGCCCGUUGCCGCUCGGCGCGGUGGGCGAACAUCGAGGAGAUCUCGGGUAGUGUUGUAAGCCGCUGCUGUUGUCGUCACCGGCUGUAUGGAAACGGGGGAUGCGUUGAACCGUUGGAAGCUUUCUGACACCCGUACUCAGCUGCACUUUUCAAACGUACUCCGCCCCAUUGUCCAUCGAAUCUCGGUCCCAUGUCACACUUACCCUUCAGACGGCCUAAAUCGCUGAAUGAAUUGUCAUAUUAUCUAAAUAUCAGUCAGCCGGUCAGUGGAGUCCUCGGCUGACUGGCUGGAUCUCCCGAGAAAGUUGUGCACCGCCCGGGGUCGUCGCUCCAUCGCCCGGCGCUGCACCGUUCUUCGUUCGGUGUCGGUCGGAACUCGGAGCUCACUGUGCAGCUGCUUGAAGUGCUCUGUGCUCGGUGGUAGCGUUGGGAAGGUUGUUGUCGGCGCUCUGGUUGUGACGUGCUACGUACUGUUUGUCGGCGCUCUGUUUGUCGCCAGGUGUUAUCAGCAGCUGCUGUGUUUGUUCGGUGUUUGUCGGUGGAGAAUAGGGGAUUUAUCGGGUGCACCAACACCUCUUACUGCCAAAUACACUGUCUCAAAAUGUUGCAAAAAAAUCGAAAUAGUUGAUUGUGAUAUUAAGUGAAGCAUAUUAGUAGCAAAAGCCAUUCUCUGGGCGUUUUUCGCGAUUCUCCAUUUGUAGCGAUGGCAGUAACUGGAUCGCUGAUUGUCAGCUACAUGUUGGCCGGCGCGGCGUUAGCAGUGUUUUCAGCAACUGUGUUGGGUCGGUGUUCGCAGCUGCAACUGUGUUAGGCUGGUGUUCUCAGCUGCAGCUGUGUUAUGCCAGUGUUAGCACUUAGCAGCUGUGUUAGCAGUUGCGUUAUGCCAAUGUUGCAGCAGUCGCUGCUGGGCUCGCCUGUGCUAUCAACCAGCUGUUUCGCUGGUGUUAUCAGCUGUGUUCCGUCGGUGUUAGCAGCUGUGUUCUGCCGGUGUUACAGCUGUGUUCCGCCGUGUCCGCGCGAUGUUCUCAUUGUGCCUGCCGCUGCGGAGGUUCAGUGUUUCUCUUCUAGUUACGAUGCUCUCUUUAGGCGAAUCUUCCAAGAAGAUCUGUAAACAUUCCAAGUGUGACGAUGGUAGGCCCGCCGGGCGAGCUAGCCAUGAUCUGUGACGCACCUGUCUGCCGUUGUCGGACGAUGUUGUCAAUGUGAUUUGGUCGAGGGUGGACAAGUGAACAGAGAUGCGACUGCUAGCGUUGCAGACGUGGAAGGCGCGACAGAUUGAUGGAUCGUGCGCUAAGGCGCUGUGUCAUAUUCAACGAGUACCUUCUCCCUGACGAGCGGAUGUCUCUCAGUUUCCCCUCCCGACCUCUCUGGCAGUCUGCCGGGAGGAGACGGUCGGUAGAGUUCCGUCUUCGGUAGGAAGUCCAGCUCAGCUCCUUGCCAAAGCGGCGCGCGGAGUCGCGGUAGUGCAACAUGUAGCGCGCGUCGCUAUCAGUCCGGUGACCUCUCGGGCUCUAUCGCGCCUCUCCGGCCGCUCAUGCAACUGCUCGGGUGGCUUUUGUGACAGAUGCUUCAGAUGUGCAUAAUAUAUUUGUGCGAAAUAAAUCAUCAAAACCUA